AAAUUGCUUUACCUGACAAGUGAGUCACGCCUAGGGAAAAAAGUAAAACUUUCAAGCCAACUCCCUCUUUAUUUGUUGUUAUAUCAACUUGUAUCGUUAUUCUUGUUACAGCUAUCAUCAACAAUCUAAAUUAAUUGUUAAUCUUGAUGAGGCUUUAAUGAACAUACCAUCAAGUUUAGUAAACUCAAUUAAUGAUGAUAUCUCAUAUAGCUUUCAUCGGUUGUAUAAUAACCAUUGCAUCUAUUCCAACAGUAACUUGUAGCAUUUGGUGUUACAGUUGUGUAAGCACUCAACCUGGAUGUGGAGAUGAUGGCGUUGAUUGGUGGUUACACUCCUCAAUAACUUGUCCAAAGGAUGAUGACAUGUGUGUUAAAGUCAUUGAAAGAAGAGACGGAGAAGCUCUCAUAACCAGAGAUUGUCUAUCCAAUUUAAUCGGAAUCAAGACUAAUAUACCUGGUGAUACUUUUGAAGGAUGUCGUCCGGCAGCUCCACAAAAAAAAUUAGCCAACUACGUUGAGAAUAGCGUUAUACAAUUUGAUCUCCAGAGAAAACAUUGGACCAAUACUACUUAUUGUUUCUGCCAGCUUGAACAUUGGUGCAACUCUUCGUCCUCUAUGAUUCCGACCAUUCUGUUGAUACCUAUUUCACUUGCAUUUUAUUUAUUAAUCAUGUUUUGAAGACUUAUUUCACUCUAUAAGCAAGCACCUCUCACAAUUUUUGCAUUGCAUUUUGUUCCUAACUAAAAGACUUUGGACUGCAUUGAUUUAAAACGUUAAACAAAACGUUGUUAUCAAAAAAGCUUAGGAAUUUUGCAUAUUUUUGUACAUUUCACAGUUUUUUACUGCAUAUCACUUUUAUUAAUAAAAGAACCAAGCGAUUGUUUUAUUUAAAAUAAA